AUGUCGAUCGUGUACUGUCUGUGUUGGUGGCUCAUCCUAUGCAACCACGCAUUCGGCCAAGUACAGACGUUUACUCCUGCGGGAGAAAACGGAAUAACAUACAGCGUAAAUGUUCCUGAAUCAACUGCCAGCUCCGGCUCCGGCCCCAUUUUCAUUCAGAUGCGAUCCACCAAAGCAGUGCAGUGGUUCGCCUGGGGUCAAGGAGCCGUGAUGCAAGGGGCCAAUAUAUUCGUCGUCUAUGCGACUGAGAGCAAUGUCACCGUCUCUCCGCGGCUGGGGGUCGAGCACGUUGAGCCUCUUUUCAACCCACAGGCUCGAUUCUCCAUCCUCAAUGGUAGCGGAAUCAGCAAUGGAACCAUCACGGCGAACAUACGGUGCGAUAGCUGCAUCACCUGGCCAGGUGGCCAUGAGGAUGUGACGAGCACAUCAAGCCCGUGGAUAUGGGCUGUGAAAGAUGGUCCCUCGCUAGAUUCGGACAGUGUCUCGGCGACCAUCACUAUCCAUGAUAUCUCAGGUGUUGCAACCGUCAACAUGAAGCAGGCAACCGGUGGCAGCUCUGAGAACCCGUUUCUCGGUGGGUCAAUGUCGAAUUCCAGCUCCGCGCAGGCCGUCCAGACCUUCAACUCGGCGUCCGUCAAGACGAAAAGAAUCGCACACGCAGUCCUCAUGAUCGUCGCUUUUGUUCUCUUCUUCCCCCUAAUCGCCCUUGGAAUCCCUCUUUUCCCGUCCUCCAGGACAGUGGUUAUCCACGCCUGGCUGCAGCUCAGCACCCUUGCGAUGGUAAUCGCGGGAUUCGGCCUCGGCAUCUCAAUGGCCAGAAGCCUGAACUUCGUGAGCUCCUACCAUCCCAUUAUUGGCAUGGUAGUUGUUUCAUCCCUGAUUCUGUUCCAGCCUGCGAUGGGUCUGGUCCAGCAUUGGUAUUUCCGCCGAACGGGGAAGAAGAGUGUCGUCGCCUAUGUUCAUCGGUGGUUUGGUCGUACCUUCAUCACUCUGGGGAUUAUCAAUGCGGGGCUUGGCUUUCGUCUCACGGGUAUUGGGACUUCUAUAGCUCCUACUGGGGCAGUAAUUGCAUAUGGUGUGGUUGCUGGGCUUGUCUGGACUAGUUAUGUGUUGAUAGUUAGCUUCCUCUCGUACAGGGCGCGUAAGUCGCAUUCUUAG